GUCUAUUACUGCUCCGAUGACUUAUGAGCAUCUCAGAAACUACUAAUUUUCCAGGUUUUCCCACGGACACCAGUCUCUAGCUUUUUUGUUAAAUGGUGAAUGGUGGGAAACAAAAAAAUCCAACGAGCGGUAGCUCUGCGGGCGAAGAGGCCAGAAGAGAAUGGCCAGACUGGUUCAAACUGACUGGAAGGCGACAGUAACUCAAAUAACCACUCCCUACAACAAUGGUGUGCGGAGGAGCAUCUCGGAACUCGCACGUCGAACCUUGAACCAACAGUAGGAGACCACGAACCAGCAGACACCGAAUAAAGCGGCAACUGCUCACAACAAAACAAAAUUAGUCAUGGACAUUCAGUAAGCAAAAUGUCGGUUCUAAUGUCAAUUCCAGGUCCCGGGCACUCAGCCAGCUGGUCGUCUCUUUAUUUGUGUCGUGGGUUAAAUUUAGACCAGCAUCACAUUUCGUCCUUGGAUUACCACGUGGAGCUAUCCUAAUGAGGAGCAACCGGUUGAGCGGACUGCGGACCCUCACCGCGCUGAGAUUCACCGGGACCAUGCGGUGACCCUCGGGAUCUGCCUCACACAAUGAAAGCGUUGGCGGUCUGCGCCGGCACGGUUGGUAAUGUCAAAGCACUUUGGGAAGGAAGGAUCCAGCAGUUCAAAGAAGACCGAGAGAGAGAAAAGGAGUGGUCCAAAAGGAAGGGGCUGAAGGGGGUGACGGUGGUGUGGCAGGAGCGAAUAAAUCUGGCCAGGUUGAAAGAGAAAGUGAUCACAACAGAGGGAAGGGUUGUGCUGAAGAUUGAGAACGAAACGUGGAAGACACUACCAAAUGCAAUACAACAAUUGACAUAUUUACAAGAGUGGCAGAUCCACAGAACUGGCUUGGAAACAAUUCCUCAAUUUAUUGGAAAAUUUGAUAACCUUCUUGUGUUGGAUCUAUCACGGAAUUCAGUCAAGGAACUACCAAGGGAAAUAGGUCAACUGACCAAACUGCGGGAGCUGUACGUGAGCUACAACAGACUACGGCAAGUACCUCAAGAGCUUGCUAGCUGCGUAAACCUGGAGAAACUGGACCUAGCUGUAAACAGAGAUCUCUGUGAUUUACCUGAACAGUUGUCCCAACUGCAGAGGCUCUACCAUCUCGACCUGUCCAUGAACCGGUUUACUGCAGUCCCCUUGGCUGUUCUGAAUAUGCCUGCACUGGAAUGGUUAGACAUGGGCAGCAACAAACUUCAGGAGCUUCCGGAUGACAUGGCUAGAAUGGAAAAUCUGCACACGAUUUGGCUACAGAGAAAUAAAAUCACUCACUUGCCAGAGACCAUAAGUCAAUUGAAAAAUCUCAGCACUCUGGUUCUAACAAGCAACAAGCUGAAGAUAAUCCCAAUUUGUAUGGAAGAAAUGAUCAAUUUGAGGUUUGUGAAUCUGAGAGACAAUCCACUUCAGCUAAAAGUAACCCUACCUGCGUGUGCAAGCCCUGAAGAGGAGGAAGACCGUGAAUUGUUUGGAAUAGAGUUCAUGCAAGCCUAUAUAAAGGAAUUAAAAAACUGCAAAACUGAAACUUGUAACUCAGCACUGUCAGUUACAAAUGAAGCUGAAAUAUUCAAUUAAAAUCAUGUUACCACUAUCACAAAGCAAAUAGUGUAUUAAAAUAACAUAAUGCAAAUUUAAAUGAUGAACACUUGCG